AUAUAAUAUUGUGAUCAAAAUCAUUUUAUCAUGGAGUAACCGAAAGAAACUUCAGACUAAAACAAACAAGCUUAAUAAUAAAUCCAUUUUAAAUUCAGUUGUCGAAUUCAUGAAUAGAAACGCCAAGGUUCAUGAUAAAUUUAAUCAAAGCCUUAAUUAUUAAUUAACCUCUUAACUAAAAUUAAUUAGCAAGGAUAUCCCCCUCUUGAUCCUUCCCGCCACCUUUCUCUCCACAAAAGUAUAACUAAUUACGUUAAUUCAGUUUUAAACAGUUCAUUACACACUCGUUUAAGAUUAAACACUUAUAUAAGAGAUCAUUGUUAAAUCUUAAAAAUCACAAUAUUCCCUAUAUUUUUAAAAAGUUAUACAUAAAGAAUCGAAGAUGGCUUCAAGUUGCUGUGGAGACUACGUUGCUGCUUCGCCGGAGAUGGCGGUGACGGGAAGUGAAUCAAUCUUAUUGAGGCUUCUAUGCGUCGUCUUCAUCGUUCUUUUCUACGGUUCGAUAUUUCUUCUAUGCUUCGUGAUGUACCCCAAGGAUCAAAAAUCACAAAUCGGCGAUGAGGAAUCCGGCGAGCCGUUGCCGGCGGCGGUGAGGCUCACGAAGAAAGGAGAGAAAUGCGGCGGUGACGGUGACGGGAUCAGAGCAGAUGUAUGCGUCAUUUGUUUGGAGGAUUUCGAAGUGAACGAUGUCGUUAGGAUUCUGGUGGGAUGCAAGCACGUGUUUCACGUGGAGUGUAUAGACUCGUGGUGUUUCUACAAGUUGACGUGUCCGGUUUGUAGAAAACCGUUCCAGUGGUUUGGUGAUUGGUAAGGGUGAAGAGAUAAGUUUAGGGUUUAAAUGUUCGGUACCAUCCGGUUUAAUCCCAUUUUGGAAAUUCUUACGUUUGUGGGGUUAAGAAAUCCAAGGGGGUCCUCUUUUUUUUUGGAUCCGUUCCUUUGUGAUGUAUGUGUACAAAAAGUUGAUUAUAUUAGUGAAUAAUACGGAUUAUGGUUUGAUUUUGAUUUUGAUUUUGGUUUAGUACAAAAACGAUUAGAACCAAUUAAAAACUAGAAGGAAAAUCGUUUUUUUAACCAUGAAAGUGGCAAAGAUUUCCACAACUGAGUUUUGAAGAAACAAACAUCAAUGCAAACUGAAUUCUCCUCGCUUGGAUGUUGUUCUGCGCUUUACCAUUGUAAUUUGUUGGCAGCUUUUCUUAUUAAAAUAUUGAUUUGUCAUUUUAUGUAUGAGUUUCUUGGUUUGAUGAUUUUAAAUUCAAAUUAAAUUCCAUUGAAAUUAAUUGUUUGAGACUUCUAUUUAUAGUUAAAAUUAUUGUUUUCUCCUUAUAUUUAAAUAGCAAACACAUGAACGAAUAUAUAUAUACAUGGUCAUCUAUGCAAUGAAAGAAACUAGAUUCGUCAUUCGUAGACUAUCCACCGGAAGAGGUUAUGCUUUAUUUCUGCGUCUGAUUUGCAGAUUAGAAUUGAUUUGUUUUUUGUUGGUCGUUACAAUUAAAGAGAUCUAAUUUCGAUGUCAAUUGUCUUGUCUAACAUUUUUAAGAUUGUGUUCAAGUUGUUUUAAGAUUAAAUUUUUGUCAAUAUAGAUAACACUUCAAUCAUACUGAAGCAGAUUUUUGUUCCAGUAAAGAUACAUUCUUGAGCCAGUUAUACUUAAUACCAUAUCCAUCAGAAUCGGAAUGAUGAUGGAGUAGUAACAUGCAGAAACGUUGGUUUGGUCUAAUUGUGUCCAGACGGAUAAUAUCGUGCUGAAAUUCUGCUAAAGACCACUUUUAAUUUAGAGUUGAAAGUAGUAUCUAUAAUUCAACGGAUCGACAUCUAUAUAGGAAACACCCAAUUUGAAUUGGGCUGGUGGUUGAAUUCAAGGAAGCUAAAUUAUAAGCAACAUACUGCCUAGGCCUAGAAAUUUCCAGUCCAUCAAAAAGGAAAAAGAAAAACUCAUACUACUUUGACCAAAAAAAAAAAACUCAUACUACUAAGAUACAAUACUUAUCUGGAGGACUUUAAAACCUAUAUUUGAAUUAACCACUGUGUUUGGCGACCAAGGUCAACCGAUUUUAUUUUGUGGUUUUCAGGAGUGCAAUGUUAAAUAAAACAUAUAUUUGAUAAGAAACCCCCAAAAUUCACAUUACUAAAAUAAAAAGAACAUUUGACAAAACAAUAAACUGAUAGGCCUCGUACAUCAAAUGGGAAUUGUAUGCUUGCUUUAUGGUCUCUUUUUUUUUAUUAUUGAUUAAAAUAAUGAGGUUGAACUUGAAGCCAACCCAAAACAAGAAAAGUAACGAAACAUCCAAGCAUCAAGCAACUUGGGACUACUGCAAAACGUGCUGAUCACAACGACUCUCAGUCUGUCACGCUGUUUUGUGGGUUAAGGCUUUCUGCGAUUCAAGACCACAAAGUCUAAGGACCUUCAGCAUUUGAUUGGGUCUUUUUUGCAUGACUUAUUUUCUAAAUUAUGUCUACUUUGUUUCUUUUAUGCUUUAGAUAUAUUUUACGUAACACUUAUUUUCAUAACAUGUUUAUGUCACAAUAACGAAGAAAGGUUGAAAACUCCUCCUAA